AGGAGCAGACAGUCAGAGGUGGUAGAUGGAGUGAACACUGGUCGGGGUGGCAGAAACAUUGCUGGUAAAAACAAACCCCAAAACAUACUGGUGACUGAAUUUGGAUACAUUUGGAAAUUGAAGAGAUGAGACUACAGGCCCUACUUUGCCUUUCGCUGCAGCUCUUUUUUGAGCUUUCAUCAUGCACAAAUCUCCGGGUGAUAAGUGGUUCCACUCUGGAGCUGCCCUGUCUCUCAAUUCAGACUGAAUUCACUUCAACUGCCAUCACCUGGACAUUUAAUGAUAAUGAUAUAAGUGCUCUACCGCCUGGCUCGACAAGAGUUAUAAAGGAUGGCUUGUAUCUCUCUUUGUCCCCUGUAACUGCUGCCCACGAGGGCGAGUAUGCCUGUAUGGUAAAGGAGACCGAUAUGGACAUAAUAAGGAAAUACAGGAUUACAGUUGAUGCCUCAGUUCCCUAUACUAUUAGGGUAUUCGAAGGCUCCACCAUUCGCCUCCCGUGCCAUUUGCCACUUUCCAGCCAAGUCAGUGCCAAUGCACUUUGGUCCAAAGAGACGGCUGUUGGCAUAAGGACACGACUGAAUCUUGGAGACGGUUCAACAGAUGAUAAUGAAAAGGUGGAACAGCUUUAUCCAAUGGACCAUGAUCAGAGCAUCAUACUCAGAAACACUGUCAUGGAGGAUGCCGGACUUUACAUUUGUGAAUCUGCUGAGGGGCAGAAGCUGAGCACUGUACAGAUUACUGUUGAAGCUGUUCCUACCCCUAUUCCUUACUCCUGCACUAACUACACCACGGCAUGGGAACCCUGCAUGGAUGAGAACAGUCGCACAGGGGAACCCAUGUUGCAGGAAUCCAUGGCAGAGUUUUCCAUGAAGCUGUAUUCUUACCUCAGAGAAUCACAGCCCUCAGCCAACUUGCUCUUCUCUCCUAUUAGUAUCAGCGGUGUACUAUCCCAUUUGUUGCUAGGGGCAAGGGGUACAACCCGCAAAGCCAUUGAGACGGCUGUCUGUGUGCCUCAUGACUUCUACUGCGUUCACUUCCAGAUGAAGAAGCUGAGAGAGAAGUUGGCCAGCUCGUUGCACAUGGCUUCUCAGAUCUUCUAUAACCCACAACUGACUCUGACUCAGUCCUUUACUAACCAGUCUAUCCAGUUCUAUGAUGUGGAGCCCGUCAGGCUUCUGGAAACCAGCGAGGAAAACGCACGGAUGAUCAACAGCUGGGUGGCAAAUAAGACCAACAACAGAAUCACAAAUUUGGUUGACUCCAUAUUACCCAGUACACAGCUGAUCCUGCUCAACGGUGUCUCCUUUAAUGGUCAGUGGAAGGUCAAGUUUGAUCCGAAGCCCAAGAAAGGACAUUUCUCAAAACUGAAUGGUGAUGUGGUGAAGGUCCCACUCCUGUAUCACAACAACUACAUGGCCGUUAUGUCGCACGUCAUUGAGCUUAAGUCACAGGUGGCGAGGUUUGCUCUCUCGGGUGACAGCAGUCUUUAUAUCCUGCUGCCUCGCUCCAACACAGUGUCUGACCUGCAGCAGUUGGAGGAGAGGAUGACGGACACAGCUGUGAAACAAAUGAUAGAACAAAUGAAAACGGUGCCUCCUCAGCCUCUCGAGGUCACUUUGCCCCAAAUCAAGCUGGAUGUCCAGCCAGACAUGAACAUACUCCUCAAGAAAUUAGGACUGUCAUCACUGUUCGAAAGCGCCAACCUGUGUGGCCUCUACUCCGAAGAGCAGCUGGUUCUGGACGAUGCCAGACACAGAGCCUUCCUUGCCCUGACCGAACAAGGAGUUGAGGCCGGGGCUGUCACCACUCUCUCAUUCUCUCGCUCCUUCCCUUCCUUCUCUGCUCUGCGGCCUUUCGUCAUGCUGCUGUGGAGUGACCUGGCCAAUGUGCCACUCUUCAUUGGCAGAGUGACUGACCCAUGAGAGAGAAGAAGUAGGGGGACAGACAAAUAGAGAAAAGAGAGAAAUGUGAUAUAACAGAAGGGAAAUGGGCAGGAAAGAAACAGAUAUAUGGUAAAGGAAGGCUGUCUGGUAGAAUCA